AUGGAUCCAAACCUAAAUGAAUUCAAUCUCGAAUACUUCCAACAAGAAUGGGAGUUAGAAGAUAAAAUGUUUGAUAGGCAACAAGAACUGCUUGAAGAGUUGCUUAGGAGAGAAGAACAACCGCGCAAGAGAAAGUCCAUAUAUAGAGAUCAUCAAGCAGCGCAUGAGAGGCUCAUGGCCCACUACUUUGUCGAAUCAUGCACAUACACUGAUGCCCAAUUUCGACGAAGGUAUCGAAUGAAUAGGCCUCUCGUUCUACGAAUUGUGGAUUCUAUGUCAAAUUUCGACGUUUACUUCACACAACGUCGUAAUAAUGCGGGCAAGCUUGGUUUAACCCUUAUCCAAAAGUGUACUGCUGCCCUACGCAUGCUCACAUAUGGAGUAGCAGUUGAUGUUUGUGAUGAGUACGUGAAGAUAGGAGAAUCUACUGCGGUUGAGUGUACUCAAAGGUUUUGCGAAGGGGCUUGGCAAGGGCAGUUUACUAGUGGACACAAGGGCACAGCAACAGUUAUUCUCGAGGCAGUUGCAUCAUAUGAUUUGUGGAUAUGGCAUGCUUUUUUUGGGCUUCCUUGUAGUUUGAAUGACAUAAAUGUACUAGAUAGGUCACCCGUUUUUGAUGACAUUGAGUCUGGUGAAGCUCCAAUGGUAAACUUCACUGUUAAUGGACGGCAGUACAAUAUUGCAUACUAUCUUGCUGACGGAAUCUAUCCAAAAUGGCCUGUCUUCGUCCAGUCAAUUCAAAUGCCCCAGGGAUCCAAACAACAAUGUUUUGCCAAACAACAGGAGUCAUGCAGGAAGGACGUGGAGCGCGCAUUCGGGGUUCUCCAAGCACGGUUUGCUAUUGUCCGCCAACCAGCUCGAACGUGGGAUCUUGAAGUCUUAGGCCAAUAUAGGAAGCGCAAAUAUGUUUCUAGAAGCAAAUCAUGGUUUACAUCGGAGGAUCAUUCUAAAAUGAUAUUUAAUGUUAAAGGCAGAAAUUUGUUUAAGAACUCAGAUUUGUUUACCUUUCAAAUGCUGAAAACCGUGCGGGGUUUAGAGAAUGUAUGUCUUAUUCCCAAUGAGAUCGUGCAACUUCCAGAAAAGAAUAACUGA